UGGCGCGGCGGGCCGGCGGCCGGGAGGAGGCUCGGCUCGGCUCGGUCGGGGCAGGGAGGGGGAGCGGCGCAAUGGCGGACGGCCGGGCUGGCCCGCCCUGCUGGUAGCGACCGCAGCGGCCCGGAGGGAACGGCUACGGACCGAGCCAAGGGUGCGAGAGCCAGAGCUGCGCAGGAGCCAGAGCUGCGCAGGAGCCAGAGCUGCGCAGGAGCCAGAGCUGCGCAGGAGCCAGAGCUGCGCAGGAGCCAGAGCUGCGCAGGAGCCAGAGCUGCCUGAGUCACUGCACAGCUUUGUCAGGCACUGUGGCGAUCUCCUGCACUGCGUCCGAGGAGCCUGAGUGUGGGCUUCAUGUGUCCUCUCCUCUUUUCACUGGAUGCCUUUUGCCUACCUCUGCAGCAUCUUUCUCCAGGUGUCUGUGGCUCAGGAGGGUGAGCAACGCUUUGCUCUCAGGCGGCUCCGCGCCGGAGGGCUUGCAGUGGCGUUCAGGGCAGGCUCAGGGCGCAGUCUUCUCUGCCGCUGGGGCCUGUGCAUGCAUGGGGUGCAAAAGAUGAGCUCUGGGAGGGAGGAAAAGCGGCCCUGGGCUGGAGGGCGUUCCCCGACCGCUCCUUAGCUUGGCUGAGCGCCCGCCGGACCCUGCUUGUGUGUGCCGCAGGGGAGGGCACACAGGGACAGACACAGACAGGCACGGACAUGCGCCCAGAGAGGGACAGACAGGCGCUCAGGUGCGCUCACACUCACUCGUGCACUCAUACUCGCACUCUUGCACUCGCUCUCUCAUACACUCACACUCGCUCUCAUACACUCACACUCUCACACUCACUCUCUCACACUCACACUCUCACACUCGCUCUCUCAUACACUCACACUCGCACUCAUACACUCAUACACUCACACUCGCUCUCAUACACUCACACUUGCUCUCUCAUACACUCUCACUCUCACACUCGCUCUCUCAUACACUCUCACUCUCACACUCGCUCUCUCAUACACUCACACUCGCUCUCUCAUACACUCACACUCGCUCUCUCAUACACUCACACUCGCUCUCUCAUACACUCUCACUCUCACACUCGCUCUCUCAUACACUCUCACUCUCACACUCGCGCUCUCAUACACUCACACUCGCUCUCAUACACUCACACUCUCACACUCGCUCUCUCAUACACUCACACUCGCUCUCAUACACUCACUCUCACACUCGCUCUCUCACGCUCACACUCUCACACUCGCUCUCUCAUACACUCACACUCGCUCUCAUACACUCACACUCUCACACUCGCUCUCUCAUACACUCACACUCGCUCUCAUACACUCACUCUCACACUCGCUCUCAUACACUCACACUCUCACACUCGCUCUCUCAUACACUCACACUUGCUCUCAUACACUCACUCUCACACUCGCUCUCUCACGCUCACACUCUCACACUCGCUCUCUCAUACACUCACACUCGCUCUCAUACACUCACACUCUCACACUCGCUCUCUCAUACACUCACACUCGCUCUCAUACACUCACUCUCACACUCGCUCUCUCACACUCACACUCUCACACUCGCUCUCUCACACUCACACUCUCACACUCGUGCUCUCAUACACUCACACUCUCACACUCGCUCUCUCACACUCACACUCGCUCUCUCACACACUCACACUCGAAGCAGCAGAGCUGCUGGCGCCGGAGGAGCCUCUGCCUCUCCUGGUGGAGAUCCUCACGAGCUCCCUCAACAUUCAGCUGCUGCGGCAGGAAAACAAUGGUCCAAGUGUAAACCUGGCCCCGGGGGAUUUCCCAAGGGAAGAGGAGUGCAGCCUGCAGGAUAAGGAACAGUCACCAGAAAGUUUCCUGGUCAGCUGCAAGCCCUUCCUGUUGUUCUAG